AUGUCGUCUUUAGAAGAUAUACCAACACCCGACAAUGGGUUCUACGUCCUUGUCACUGGUGCAAAUAGUGGCCUGGGCCUCGGAAUCGGGAAGCGCCUAAUAGACGAAUUUCUCCAGACCCGCCCUCAAUCCGAGUCUCUUGUCCUCAUUGUCACGACGCGUGACCAGCGCAAAGGCGAUGCGACGAUCGAGAAUCUGCAACAGCACCUGCGCAAGGUGAUUGCCAGCCAUGAACGAAAGCUACCGGGCAUCGCACAGGUGUUGCAACACCGCAUAUUCUUUCGGCAGGAACGGUUGGACUUGCUGAGUUUGGUCUCGGUGCAGAAGCUCUGCAGGAAACUGCGAGAGACCACACCAAAGCUUGAUGUUGUCAUCUGCAAUGCCGGAAUUGGUGGCUGGACGGGCAUCAACUGGCCACUUGCUGUCUACAAGAUUCUCACUAGCUGGUCAACCGCCGUGUGCUGGCCGACAUUCAAGAUAUCAGGCGUCGGAUGGGUUGCGAAACCGCAGAUACCGGCGGAGAUGAAGGUGGAGGAACCCCCUCUGGGAGAGGUCUUCUGUGCCAAUUUCUUUGGACACUACCUUCUUGGACACUAUCUUGCACCGCUGCUGGCGAAGCACCCAAGGAGCGAAAACACAAAAGGCAGGAUCAUCUGGGUCAGCAGCUUGGAAGCCUACGAGCAUGUUCUCGACUUGAAUGAUAUCCAGGGCAUCGGUUCUACCCUACCAUAUGAGGCGACGAAGCGGUUGACAGAUGUCAUGGCUAUCACUUCCGCCCUACCUUCUACAUGCGAUGUAGCAGACGAAUAUCUCGACCAAUCUCAAGCCUCAGAAAAAACCACGAAACCGCGCAUCUACGUCACACACCCCGGGAUUUGCGGUACCUCGAUCGUUGCCCUUCCCCUUAUCCUCGAAUACCUCAUGUUCACCGCCUUUUACGUAGCGCGCUGGCUCGGUAGCCAAUGGCACCCCGUCACGGUCGACAAGGGCGCUUGCGCCAUGGUGUGGCUCGCCCUGGCGCAACAAGAUACCUUGGACAACAUGGAGGAAAAGGAAGGCGUCGGCAAGUGGGGUAGUGCAACGGACUUUUGGGGCCAAGAACGAGCGGAGCGUACGGAGGUGGCGUGGUGGGGAUGGGGAGGGAAAUCAGCAGAGUACAAGAGGAAGAAAGGCAGGGACCCGUAUGCAAAGGAUGCAACGAAGGAGAGUCGGGAAAGAUUUUUGGAGACAGGGAGGAAGUGCUGGGAGGAGAUGGAGAGGUUGCGGAUUGAGUGGGAGGGACGGCUGAGGAGAGCUGGUGUUGGGAUUGAGAUGGAGUGA